AUGCAUGAUUUAUCCAAAUUAUCCGAUGAGAAACGAGGAUCAUGGAAUCGUAUCAGUGGAGCUUCAUCAUCUGGACAUAAGUCCGGCUCGGAGUCUUCCCAAGGAGCUCGCGACUCUGGCGCCAGUCAAGAGGAACAAGGGGAGAAAUUCAAGCAGAAGAGCGCUUUGAGAACCAAAACUUUCGGUUUCUUCAACUAUAAGUACAUAAGGCCCCAAUAUCACAUUGAACAGUUCCGAAGUGAUGAGAAGCACAGCAAGAAUUACGACGAUGACGAAUUUGCAAAUGGUGGGCAGCAUAGUGAACGUGGAUCAUAUCAUGACAGAGGACAUGACAGCUAUGCGAAAGAACAUGAUGAACACGGUGACCACGAAACUUUUUCUGAGUCUGGCGAAGAAGAUUACGGAUUCAAAGAAUCAGCCUAUGACAAAGAAUUUGAAAACGAGAAAGCAGACGAUUUCGUACAUGGAUCUCGUGGGCGUGGCAAGAAAUCUAGUUCCAAUCGCUUUGUUCCUUUCCAUCAUGACCAAUACGAUCGUUAUCAAAAAUAA